UAGCUGUCCGACGACAAAUUGGUGUUUGGAACUUGUAAAAAAACUUUGCAUAAGGUGAUUCAAGAUGUUGUUCCAUUACGGGUUCCUCGUUUUGCCAUUUUGCUACAUGAUGGUCGCUGAACCGCACCGCAGCACAACGGGAGAAAACGACUUGAAUCAAGAGGAGCGGACGAAAAUGGAGAAAAGACUUGAAGGCUUGAUGACCACUGUACAGGACGAAGCAGAACAAAAAGAUUCCGUUGAAGAGGCACCAUUGCCUGACACAGAUGAUAACGCUCUUCAAGAGCAUGGUUUUGUUGAAGCAAGUUUUCUAGAUGGAGGUGCACAAAGCAAAACAUUAAUAAGGCAGAAUACCAAAAUACUUAGGGGGCGCCGGAGAAGAAGACGAAGAAGGUCUAGAAAACCACAAAUCCCUGUAUGGAAAAGACUCUCUGUCCGGCGAAGAAGAUCUUUCAGUGAUAACGGUCAUUUUAAAAGAGUGGUUGAAAUAAUCCAAAAAGACAAAGAGAACAACGAUGAAGAAAUAGAAGACAAACAAACACUCCAAGAUGGACAAAUUGAAGAAGAAGAAAUACAAAACGACCGAGAAAACAACCAUGAAAAUACACAGCAAAAAGGUGUAUACGAGGACGGAGACAUGGAGGAUGGAAAAUACAGCAAGAUAUAAAAAACCAAGACGAACAGCAAAAGAAAAAGUAAACAAAGACGGAGAAAACCAAGAUAGAGACAACGAAUGGAUGACCAAAGAAUACAGCAAUAUCGAGAAAACGAUGACAAAGAAACACAGAAAAAUGAAUAAUACAAAGAAUACGAAUGACAAACUCAGUUAGACAAAUCAGAUAUAUCGUAGGAUUUAAAAUGGAAGAACUGCGACUCAUUUAGCGUAAUACAAUCAAACUUUUAAUGCAUUAAGCGAUCAACAUGUACUGAGCGGUCACACACGGGGAAUGGCGGGAUGACCACUUGAUAAAGGUUGACUGUUUAUUACAGGUUCCACAGAAUAGCGGUAAUAAAGAGUCAUUUUAUGCUAUAAUUGACUACUAAAAUUGGUUUUAGGAGAGAAACGUGGAUUAAAAUUUACUUGAAAUAUUAUUUUUAGUUUUUAUUUGAGAGGUUCCGCUUUUACCAAUCGUUCAAUACAGGUGGAAGACAAAACAGAAAGGCCGUUGGGACUCAAUCAAAGAAGACCAGGACCUCUUAAUAGAGGUGACCGCUUAAUAGAGGCGAAAAUUAAAGUGAUUAAGAGGGAAAAAACUCGAGACUUUGACAACCGACCGCUUACUACAUGCGGUGAGUGAUUUACCGCUUGAUAAAGUGCCGCUUAAUACAGGUUCGAAUGUAUAAGCUUAACAAUGGUAUAAAGCCUAAAAGUCUCACGAAGUAAAAUGUUGUAUUGUUAAGAUAACAAAUGCACAAACAAAGCCUCAUCAAAUUUCUUUGUAACCCAUAACACUAAGCGGUCCAAGCAAGAGAGCUCUCGGGCCGCCAACCUUCAUAUUAUUUACAUAUGAAUGGCGUAAUGUGCAUUAAAAGCUCACUUGAAUUUUACUUCUUACAUCUGUUUUUGCCUUUCCUGUUCCUCUU